UUCUGGGAAGUGUUUGACUGCAGACUUACAUCCAUAGUGCUAUUGCGAUCACGGUUGGCAUAUAACGGAUCGUCUCACAUUCUCAACAGUCUUCUAUCGUAUGCUGGCUCAUUGUACAAAUGGAUACCACCACGGAAGCGCAGGAAAUAUUAUUAUGCAUGUAUACCGGUCUGGUGGGAGACAGUAUCCUGAUGUACGACCACAUGGCAACCCUACCCGAAGAAAUUGCUUUUAUUUGGCGUCGUCCAAAAGCCCUGUCUGCAACGCUAUUUCUGGUCAAUCGCUAUUUCGCUCUGCUCGUCAACAUCUCCUGCUUAGUUAUAAUACAGGUGUCUUUUGUUUUCCAAGCAGUCGUUGUUUGCCUCAUAAUGGCCAUUCGCACUUAUGCUCUAUACGGCGGCAUUUCUGCGGGAUCUCUGGGGCAUUAUUCAAGCGAUGCAGUCCUCUUGCCAGGAGUUGGCUGCUAUGAGACUUAUACAGCAGCGACAGCCACCCGUCUUGGGUUGGCAUGGCUGGCAGAGAUGGUAUUCCAAACGCUGAUCUUCAUCCUGACAGUGUACAGGAUUUUCAAAACUAGAAGCUUGCUGCGGCUGUCCCUGGUCACCAGGAGAAAUAUAGUUGAUAUCGUAUUUCACGAUGGUGCGAUGUAUUUCGGAGCCAUGGCGCUUGUUAAUAUACCGAACAUCCUGACGUAUUAUUCUGGUUCAGUUGGUAUUAGAGGCAGUCUUUCUACAUUGACUAGCUGCUUAUCCGUUACUCUCGUCUCUCGACUGAUGCUCAACCUACACAAAUCUAUCGACACUGGCAUUCUCUCCAUCCCUGCACAGAACGAAGGUCCCAGCCUUGCUGUCCUUACCACCAGGAUUAACGUACAGUCCGCUACCUCCUCUCAAGAUUAGUAGGUUUAUAUUGGAUUCUGUUUCUGGACACGAAGUUACAGAGAUACUUGGUGGGAGCGAAAAGUUCUUGUAGUCGUUUUUUUGAAUGGAGGAGUGGACCGUGACCGUGGACGACGCUGCACCCGCAACAGCAGCUAUGCGUGUUGUAUGCUAAUUAUUUUCCAAUCAUCAUAUAUAUAUAUACUCGUCCAUAAUCAGACAAAACUGCAAGCCUCUCAACGACGGGAAUGUUGUUGGAGCACGAGAUUGGGGAUCAAGGCUUCAGUCAAUACUUCGAAG